CGGUACUACCCCCGCCCUGAUCAUGACAUUCCGAAAGGGUUUGCCUCAGACAUCCCGCCAUCAUCUUCCGCCCCCCCGCAAUCUUUCGCGAUGCAUCAGCAGGUUGCAACCGUCAACCCCAAAAGCGCUCGUGAUCCCGCUCCUAUGUCCAUAACGAAUAUGCAUCUGGCACAGAUGAUUCACAGAGCCACGACCAAGCAAUCUGAAUGGAUGAGUAAUUUAGUUCAGAUGCAGGCAGCUCACAUGGAUCGUAUGGAACAGAUCAUGAGCAUAUUGAUCAAGCCCAACCCGGCUCCUGCUAGACCUGCUCCCGCCUCGUUCCCUCUUUUGGCCGCGCCACCUGCACCGCAGCCCCCCCAAGCAGCCAACUUUGCGGGGAGGAUUGAGUGUUACAACUGCAAACAGCCCGGACAUUUCGCCCAAGACUGUCAGCAGCCAAAACGGAACCAGCCUCUUCCUGCUGCAGCUCCCGUAGCUCUGAAUCAGGGACGAGUAGCGGCACUAAUGGAUACGAUCCGUGAUGACGCGAUCAUCGCUUACGCACCGGAACGACCGACCCCCUCGAUGGCAGUUGCGUCAACUUCAGAGGCUUCGUCCUCUGAAGCUGCUGACGUAGUUGAUCCGAUUGAGUACCUUCAUCUGGCCGGCAUGGUCGGGAUGACCGCCGGUAUGAUCGGAGCAAUCCGACCGGGCAACGACGAUCUUGAAUGGGUCGAACGCGAAUCGAACCUCGGACCACAGUUUCAGACCGGGGAAAUUGAUGUAUUACGGACACUUAAACAGCUGGACAUUCGUGUUCCAGUCCCAGUGGGACAUCUGCUCACCAUAUCUGAAGCAGUGAAUGAUAAGUUAUUGCAACAGUGCGAGAAGAACCAGAAACGUUUCACCUAUCAACAAAUUCAGCGGAUGCUAAAGAACAAAAAGAAAGAUGAAACCGAGGAUAUUACGCCGCCCGAACCUGAAACGGAUAAGUCUGAGGCCGCACGAGUGGCCAAGAUCUCGCUAGUGGAAAAAAAUCACUUCAUACGAGCUCGCCCCGUAUUGUGGAAAAGUGCAGAAUGCGAUUGUGAAAUCUGGGGCAAACCUUUUAACGCCCUCAUCGAUACUGGGUCGUCGGCGGUAGCCAUAUCCUUGGAUACUGUAAGAAAAUCAGGUCGGCUCAAUUCAAUCCUUCCUCAAUCUGGCAAGGACAAUUAUGUCUCUGCCGACGAGGAAGCGAUAAAUAUUGUUGGAGUCAUUGAGAAUGUGGCUGUAAAGGUUGGGCGAGUGCAUGUCCUCGUAAAUGCCUUAGUGAUAGACGUGUAUGUGUAUUCUGUGUUGCUAGGCUUGCCAUGGGCAAUGGCAGUAGGCGCCCGCAUGCAUUUCGAUUCUAAGCAGUUGGUGCUCACGCAAAUAGGAGGGAAACCACAAACUGUUCCGUUACGGAUUUCCACCCGAACACCCGGUCAUCGAGAGCUAAUCGUGCGGGAACUCACGAUUUCGAUGGUGCAGUUAGCAGACGACCUGCCUCUCGAUAUCAUCUCGCAGGACGACAAGCAUCCGGCUCCCCACAUACUCUUUCGCACAUUGGCGCCCUAUCUCCAGUGGUCAGCGUGCGUGGAAGAAACCUCUGAACGCAUCCCGCUGUUGCGACAACAGUAUCUGGAUCCUAAGAAGAUUCUUGAUCCCGCCUUCUUCCGAUAUCCUACGGCGGAACAGGCCGCUGCCAUAGCCACGGAAGAAGAAGAAGAAGAAAGCUCCGAGAACGAGCAGGACGAGAACGCGGGCGAGUUGCUCGGGGAUAGCGAUGACGUGCUCGGAGAGGAAGAAGAAACUUCCAAAAGCGGAAGUUAUAGCGAGCAUAGUGAAGGGGAGCAAAGCGAAGAAGAAAACGAGGAAGAGAAGGAGGAACACGAAGACGGAUCUGCGGGAUCGGAGUGGGAAGCCGCGCCAGAAGAAGCACUGUGCACGGGCACGGAGAAUGAGGAUCCCGAGCUGGCCUGCAGAAGAGAAGAGAUCGCUACCGAGAAGCGGGAGUUUGAGAUCGCGAGCGCAGUAGAUCUGC